AUGUUACAAUGCUUGAAACUAUCAACUAAAGCCAAAGUCAGUUACCAAGUAUCUGAAAGUCUUGAGAAUGCAAUACAUUUAGCAACAAUAUAUAAUACUGCAAUAUAUAUUGUUGAUAGAAUAAGAAGCUUAGUCUCUGAAGAAAUUAAAAGUAAUAGCUUUAAAGCUGUCAGUUUAGAAAAUAAUAAAAUAAUACCUAUGGAACUUAAUAGAACCAAAUAUAAACAAAAAAGCCAUAUAGCAAAAAUAUGUCUUAACAAACAAACCUCAAACUCUAGAACUUUUUCAAGUACAAAUGCUAAUAUGAAGCAAGUAAACUUGAUAGAAAAAGAAGUUAGUGUUUAUAGUAAAAAGAAAGAAAAACUCCUAUAA